UAUCAUGGGACAAUUAUCUUUCAAAUCUUAUCAGUCAAAUCGUGGUUAAACAUUUACAAAUUCGCUAUACAACUGGUUGUUCCUGCGAACUACUUUAAAAUGUUUAUGAAAAUAUUGACCUUCACUAUUUUAAUAGGAUAUGUAUUCGGGGUAUCACUAAAAGAACGCCUGGUUGAUAAUGUCGGUGAUUCGUGUCCUUUGAUUUGUACAGAUGAGUGGAUGCCUUUGUGUGGUUCGGAUGGUAACACAUAUGGUAAUAUGUGUGAGUUCCAAGCCGCUCAUUGCCGCAAUGGAAGCCUAAAAGUGGCUUAUCAAGGCUCGUGCCAUUCUGCAAGUGACACUGCAAUAAACGUCAGAUAAUGUACACGUGAAAAUAAUCAAUUUGGCAGCUUUC